CAGGUUGGGCUGGACCGAGGUAGACCGCUCUCCUACGGAGCCAUGUUGCUGUGGUCAGUAUGGAGUGCAGUACUGCUCCUGACCCCCCUGGAGGCAGUAGAGGUGGACGAUGUCCGAGCAGGCUGCAGCACAGCUGUGAAUGACCUGGUCUACAUUGUUGAUGGCUCAUGGAGUGUUGGCUUCUCUGACUUCGACACGGCCAAGCAGUGGCUUGUCAACAUCAGCAGCAAAUUUGACAUCAGUUCCCACUACACACAGGUGGCUGUGAUCCAGUACAGCGACACUCCUCGUCUGGAGAUUCCUCUGGGGAAACACCAGGCAGGAUCAGAGCUCAUCCAGGCCAUAUGGAGCAUCGCCUACUUGGGAGGAAACACACAG